UGGAUCAUGGGCUGGACUACAUUAAUCAGCCAGGCGAUUCUCCCAGCAUCCUUUGCUGGUUCGAAAUCGUCAUGCUGCUCAUGCUUCGGACACAUUUCCUGCUAUGCCAGAUUCUGUUCAAAAUGAAUAUUUAAGAGGGGUUAACUUCGAUCUUACUGUUCAUAACUGAGGGUACAGCUGUCGGAUUUAUUACAAAAAACAGAACCUAACUACCACCUCCCCAGCACCGGUUCAGCCCCCACCCAAGUGGUCCGGGCCCUCCGGUCCUAUCAGCGAGGAUUUCCCUGGAGAGGAUGACCUGAUCUUGACCAAAAAACUGACUGAAACUUUGCAAUCAUAUGACAUAUAUGAGAGCAAAGAGGAGCUCCAGCACAGAGAAACGGUUUUGAAAAGACUGGAGACACUCUAUAAGGAAUGGCUCCAAGAAAUGUGCGAUGAGAUGAAUGUACCUGAAGUGGUCAAAGACAAAGUUGGAGGCAAGCUCUUACCAUUUGGCUCUUAUCAUCUGGGAGUCCACGCCAAAGGUGCCGAUAUUGAUGCUCUCUGUGUCGGACCUGGAUUUCUUGACAGAAAAGACUUUUUCACUUCCUUCUUUGAGAAGCUUAAAGCCCAGAAGGAAGUCAAGGACAUACGGGCCAUCGAAGAGACGUACGUUCCUGUCAUCAAACUGACCUAUGAAGGCAUUGAGAUUGACUUAGUCUUCGGCCGGCUGGCGCAGAAGAGCGUUCCUGAAAAACUCAACCUUCUCGAUGACAAAUAUGUGUUAGGCCUUGAUAAGUACUGCAUCAGGAGUCUCAACGGCUACAGAGUUGCAGAAGAGAUCCUGCAGCAUGUGCCCAACGUACAGAACUUCAGAGUCGCUUUGAGAGUCAUCAAGCUUUGGGCCAAACAGCGCAACAUUUACUCCAACUCGCUGGGCUUCUUGGGCGGUGUGUCAUGGGCUAUUUUGGUGGCCAGAAUUUGCCAGGUGUACCCGAACGCCACACCAGCCACCCUGGUGAUCAAGUUCUUCAAGGUCUACUCCAUGUGGAUUUGGCCUGUCCCAAUUCACCUGCAUCGAGUCAAGAACUGCUUGGACCCCAAUAUCUGGAAUCCCAACGUGAAUCCAAGCGACCGCCACCACCAAAUGGCCAUCAUCACCCCUGCUUACCCUCAGCAGAACACCUCGGUCAACGUGUCUCGCUCCACCUUAGAUGUCUUGACAAAGGAGAUCCAAAGAGGCCAUGCCAUUGCUCAACAAAUACAGCAGAAGGAAGCGAACUGGUCCAAACUCUUUGAAAAACCGGACUUCUUUGAGAAGUACCAGUACGUAUAAGCUACAUGAACAUAAAAAUCAAGUUUGCCAUGUACAGAAUCCAAGGGAACACUCCUUAAUUUCUAAGAUUUUAACUGUAUACAUCUGUUGCAUUGAUAAAACUGUAUGAUUUUCUCUUUCUGCCUCAGUAUCAGUGCCUUAAACCUCAAUUGUGCCUCCAAAUAGGAAUAUAUUUGAUGUUGCUUUUUACUUUUUUAAUCCUCCUGUUGUCUUCAUUUUCUGGCGCCAAAAAAUAUUGUUUCCUUGUCUGAAAAAAAAAAAAAAAUCUGCAAAAAAUUCCCCAAAUUUCUGAAAAUUUGCAAAACCUUCAUGAAGAAAAUUCCCCAAAUUUGGAAAGAAAGUUCUUGCAAAUAAUUUUUAAAAAUUACAAAAAUCUUGCAAAAAAAAUCAUAAAAAUAUGUAAAGUGAUUACAUAUAAAUCAGUAAAACUUCUAAUAUUUAUUUCCAGUGAAUUUAGCUGGAUUUUGUUUUUUGUUUUUUUUUGUGAAUGCUCUUGAAGAAACACUUUUUUAACAUUUCUUUUCCUCCCACCAAAAACUGUUCAAAAAUUUCCCAAAAAUGUUGAAAAUGUGGACAUAAAAAUAUAUAUGUUUUCCACAUUUUCAAACUUUAAAACAGGUCAGUUUGACCCACAGGACAACACGAGGGUUAAUGAAGACAUAUUUGUACUUGGUUGUAAAAAUGGCUUUUAUCAUGUAUUUAGGUCACAAUGAAAUGAUUUGUUUCACAUUUUACACUUUUUACAGUGCGUGCUGGUUUGGAUGUUUGUUCUAUUCUGGUUUCAUUUCCCAUUCCUGUUUUUAUGUGUUGUUCUGUGUGAUGACAAUUUCUUGAAUGACACUCAAAUAAUGAAUGUGGGAAACGUUUUCCGCUGUGAUUAACUUAAUGUACACGAAGCCUGAUGGAGUAAAUUAAACAGUGGAUCAGCUGUUGUAUUUACAUUUGCACCUAACUUUGCUGAAUUCCACUCGUGGAAUGAACGGUAGAGAAGUUUUGCUGUUUGCCGUCGUUAAUUGAAAAUAUUCUGUGAUGUCUGAGAAGUGAAAGUUGGGUUUUGUGUGGAUUUAUGGUUCCUUUAUGUAAUUUCUAAACCGAUAAUAUGCUGUUUCAGACAUAAAUUUGCAUCUAACUUUAUUAUUUUAAACUGGAUGCUUCUAUGGUGAACAUGUUCUUGUAUUCAAGGAUUAAUAAUAUUAAUGCUAAUAUUCUCUGUCUUAUUUAUUUAUUGUUUUUGCUGACCUCUUGUUAAGUUUCUGUCAUUUAUGCUGCACUUACUACUGUAUUUUGUACGUUUUGAAUAAAUGUGCCAUGUGUUCUGAUCUCA